ACCACAAUUGACAUAAUGGACCCCAGACUUUGUGCCCAGGACAUCAUUAGAUGCGACCUCUGUGAAGACAGAGUUGUACAAAUGUACUGUAACUUAUGUCCAAUGAAUCUCUGUAUGGAAUGUGUUGGAAGGCACAUCUUUGAUACCACCAAGAAGCAUGAUGUGGUGCCUUUUGAUUUAAGAAGAUCCAGACUUUUGUUCCCUCAGUGUCAAACUCAUUCCGAAGAGAACUGUGAAAUGCACUGUGAAGAUUGCAACACUUCAGUGUGUCCAAAAUGUGUCAUUUCUGAGAAACAUAAGCGACAUCAUUUUAAAAGUCUACAGGAGUUAGUGACCACCAAGAAAGAAAGCAUUGAAAAGGAAAGAAAAAGGUUGAAAAAAACAGUUUACUCAAAAUUUGAAGAUAUUGUUACUGACAUAGAAACCCAGCUAGCUGAAAUAGAUGGAGAAUAUGAGAAACUUACAUCAGAGGUCACAAUACAUGGAGAAGAAUGGCAGAAAGAAAUUGACAAAGUUAUAGAGAAAAACAAGGAAGAAAUCAACAAGAUGAGAAACCAACACAGAGAUGCCCUCAAUAAACAUCUAAAUGAUGUAAGGAAACUUGUCGCUGAUGUCCAACAGUCUCUAUCAGAAACUGAAGACAUUUUACAAUCCAGAGAAAUAACUAGAUCACUUUCCUAUGAGAUAAAAUCAGAUAAAUUCACCAAACUUCCAUCCAAACUGAUAGUUAAGUUUCCUGUGUUUACUGGAAAUAAUAAUCAAGAUCAAUGUUCUCAGUUGUUUGGUUCUCUGUCAGCAUUAUCCAUAACAACAGAAGAACAUGGCUACACAAUGAAGACACCAGAAGCUGUAUUCUGUCAUCAAGUCAAACCACUGCUUGAUAAACCAGAGCUUAUCACCACCAUAAACACUGGACAACUAUACAGUGUUAUCUGUCUCAGUGAUGAAGAAUUAUGGACAUGUAGAAAUGACGAAAUCAUUAAACUCGACAACCUCCAGGGCAAACUACUGAAGUCAAUCAGAACCAAGUCUGGGAACCAUCCACGUGAUAUAGCAGUGACAAGGAGGGGAGAUCUAGUUUAUACUGACCCUGAUACAAGAACUGUAAACAUAGUGAAGAAUAAAGAGAUACAGGAAGUGAUAACAGUACAGGGGUGGAGACCUCUCUAUGUCUGCAGUACCUCCUCUGGUGACCUCCUGGUUACCAUGAACAAUGAUGAUUAUAAACAAUCAAAAGUUGUCCGUUACUCAGGCUCUUCAGAGAAACAAACCAUUCAGUUUGAUAGUGAAGGUCAACCUCUGUAUUCAUUUGAUUACUGUAAAUACAUCAGUGAAAACAGAAACCUGGAUAUCUGUGUGGCUGACAAUAGAGCCAGAGCAGUAGUGGUGGUUAAUCAGGCAGGAAUACUCCGAUUUAGAUAUAGUGGUCAUCCCUCUACUACCAAGGGAUCAUUUAGUCCAUACGGUAUCACAACAGACAGCCAGAGUCAGAUCCUGACAGUAGACAGAAACAACCACUGUAUCCACAUCCUAGAUCAGGACGGACAGUUCCUCUGUUACAUUGAUAACUGUAAUCUACGGUUUCCAUGGGGUUUAUGUGUAGACACCAGAGACAACCUCUUUGUGUCUGAGUGGGACAGCGGUAAAGUGAAGAAAAUCAAAUAUAUGUAAAC